AUGAAAGCACCGCAAGCUCUCGACGACGAGCGCUGGCUGCAAACAAAGUACCUCCCCCUGGCGUCGCUUGUUGUCAGCCGAGUCGAGCAAAUCCUCUACUCGUCACACCUCCUGACUACCACGUUCUGGGACAGUCUGUUGCAAUUCGCUCUGGCCACUUGUCACGCCGUCUUAUCUCUGCCUCCACCGGUUGGCUACGAUGUCAUCACUGCCUCCCGGCCUUUCUCCCAGGACCCGGGCGUGCGUGGGUUGUUGCAGCUGGAGUGCCUUGUGAUCGGGAUGCUCAUGCGCGUGUGGAUGCGCGCGCUAAGCCUCCACUACCCCUCGCCGGGGUACUGGCAAGGCCUGGCCGAGCUCUGCCUCAUCGCCCGCCACCGUGUCGGUCUGGGCUACGUGUGGUCGCGUGUGGUGGUCAUCUUCACGUACAACCUCCUGCGCCCCCACAUCGCCGACUGCCUUCUGCGUCCUGUGAAGCAAGCGCCCCGGGAAGGCUCACUCCACAGGCUCAACCUCCCCCAAUUCACGGCUUACCAGCCAUUAAUAAAUCGGCACCUCAUGGUGGAUCUCCCCCGGGACGUUGCAAAUGCCUCCUGGUUCCGGUUCCUCCAUCUCUUUGGCAAUCCCACCGAUUUGUGCCAUCCUUCUCUGAUCACCCACACGGCCACUUUCGAAUACUUCCGUCGCUUAAACGGAGUCGCUCGUUGUCGACUAACCGCGUCCUUCUUACCCGCCAUAUUUCAUCAAGCUUUGCGCAGUAUCUCAACAAUUGUCGACUUAUUCAUUGGGAUUGCCCCUUCUCUAAGUGGCUGCUUGUUUACUUUCGUCGGUAUACCUCCAAACCUCUACGGUCCCAUCGACAUAACAGAGUACUUCAAGUACACCUCCGUUCGCGCACCGGACACAAUAUUUGUGGAUAAGCAGAACGCCGGUUGCGAGGCCCUUGGAGCCUCCAGCGCCGCUUCUGAACCUCCUGAGAGUGCACCACCACCAGCCAGCGCGGUCAACUCGUCGGGCAGCAUGGUGCGCACUGUGGGCCAUUCGUCGGCUCUCGUGAAUCCCCAGACACUGGUCGAGGAGUGGCUUCGACCCGACGCCUUCGUCACCGCCUUCUACAACCGCCCCGAGGCGGCCUCCCUUCUCCAGCUCCUCGGGCCGUGGCUCUUUGAGGCCGCUGUCAAUGGCACCUCGCUUGCCAAGGCCACCGACAAUGCGGCUGCGUCCGUUAAAGAAGGUGCGGUGAGCAGGGAGCGCGCAUCGACGGUGGACAACUUCAGUUUCCACGUGGGACGCGCUGAGGCCGUGGCCUGCCUCUGUCGCAUCUUCAUCUACGCCCGGCGCACGCAAAUCGCGCUCAUUCUACUCGCGCGAUUCUACGCCUGCCUCGUUCGUGCGCUCACCGUCGAACCGGAAGUGGAGUACGUCCUCUCAACAGUCCUACUCCAUGCGCCCGACCUCCUGAGAGCCAAUCUCGAGGCGUCGUCUGUUCUCGUUCCGACCAUCUUCAACGCCUGUCAGUGGGUCCUGCGUAAAAACUCUGUCGUUUUGAUCGAGGCACAUUCAAAUGGUUCACCCAUAGAAGACACUGCCAUCACGAGCAAGCCUGAGCCCCUAACUGAAAAUCCCACCGUUGCGAAGGCAUUUCGAGUGCACCUCGACCGCGUGAAAGUCUGUUUGGGGAAGUGCCUACUUUGUCUCCCUCUCUCUCUCUCUCUCUCUCUCUCGUUUAGUUGCCCUGACUACGUCUCAAUGGUUCUCCUUCGAAGGGCCUGUCUACAUCAGCUUCUUUCGAUGGUUUGUCUCCCAAGUCAAUUUGACGGCAUCCAAUUUCGAGAUAUUUCUUCCCCCACUACCUCUGACGCCGGCGCGCUCUCUGCGCGUGCUCUGCGAACGAAGCUUGCCGGCCUGCUCUGUGAUCUCCUUACCUACGAAACCGAUACGCACAAUCUACGCAUGAUUCUUAGUGGAGGCUUCGCUCUCGUCUUGGAUAUGAUUUCUGUGGAGUCCUCUCCUUCAAAGGGAACUUAUCAAAAAUCCCUCUCUAGCACUGCUGAUGCUGCCUCAAGCUUGGAGACGGCUUCCGGUCUCUACGGCGCGCUGUUGGAUAAAAUUUCCAUGUCGUGGAGGCGGUGGAUGAACGACUUCCCUCUGUCGCUGUUCGCACUCGAUGUUCUCAUCGGACUGGCCAAUGCUCCCGUGCCGAAGCCCAGCAUUGCCCACUGUCGGCGGUGUAUUCAGAGCAUUUGUGCCUUCAUUGAAAGUCAGUGCAAACGCGAGAAGAAGGACCACACCAGGGCACUCCACAGCCUCAUUAUCAAUGCCUUCCAGUGUCUGAGUGUGUGGCUCGUCGCCCACCCACCCGCCCUGAUGGAGUACGAGACGCUGCGCGCUGUGGUCGAGACCAUCAAGCUGGGCAUCUUCGGCGCCGAGGCCACCUCCACGUCUGCCUCACAGACGAGCGAAUCGCGCAGCAGCCUUCCCCUUCCCUCGGCAAUGCCUUUUUCGAAACGCGUGAGCGAGGCCGCAGAGCACCUACUCUCUACACUUUUCUCCUCUGUGGGCACGUUUCCCCAAGCCAGUGGUCCUGAGACUCUCUCCUCUCACCUCACGGAAGACCACCUCGCUAAGGUCUCCUGCGCUUCCAACUUCCGUCAUUUCCUCACUCCAUCCGACCUCGUUCUUAGCGUCUCCGAGUCGGUGCCGUCUUCGGGCAAUGAAAGCGACCAUCAAGACGGCUGUCGACGCGUCGCCGACCCUUCGCCAGUUCUUACUUUCCUCCGCGACGAUUCGGGACGGCAUCUCUGGUCCUGGAAGCUGCGGUACGAGCCCAAAAAGGUGGCACGAGGGAGCAAUGAGACCUCGGCUCAGACAACACUACGAAGCAAAACCAUACGGCCGCUACGGAGCUGCCUGGAGAAUAUCGUGUCUACUAAGCGGCCGGUCGGAUCAGAGAGUCUUUUCUUGCCCAAGACGAGGGAAAAGAUUCCGCUCGUGAAGUCGGAAAAGGUAAUGCCAACCUUGGCCCAAGUCGUGGUUGGUAGUUCAGCGCGCAAGGAGGUGGAUGCUCUCAAGUCGCUGAUUGCCUCGGAGGCUCAGAAGUGCGAGGAAUUGGGCCAGAGGGUACGCGAGACCAGACUCAAGGCAUGUCGUGGCGUGACCUGUCGACCUGAACGAAUGAUGAAGAAUUUCCCCUCCGGUCACAUUCUGGCAUCCAAUUUGGGCUACAUUCCCGUGAACAACUUGAGUGCGUCUAGCAGCUCCUUCAGGGCCACAAAUAGUUCGUCGCAACUACAGCAGCAGCAACAACAACAAACCAUCGAUGUUCCGUUGAGCAACUCUAAACCCCGACGACCCUCCGCGAGGAUUCCUGGCACGAAGGGGGUAGGCAGUAACGUGGAGAUCUCAUCCAUCAUACCCUCCUCGCUGAUACCCCUUCCUCCGAGCAUGGCCACUAAAAUCGACUCCUCCCUUUUCACCAAUCCGCGUUCAACCAGUACACUCUUCGUUUUUUACGUAACUGAGGGCCAAACGUCCCUGAAUGAUGUCAUCGCCAACAUGAACUCUUGGUCCAGCACACCGAAGGUCUUUCAGUCUUUUAUGUGUUCCCUUGGUUGGGUCGUGGAUUGUACUCGCCACCCUGGAUGGAAGGGUUCUGUGAAACGCUCGCGUGGGAACUUGAAUGCUCCCCACCCAGCGGAAUCCGGAUACCACGGGUCCACCCCCUCAGGUGCAUCCGUCGACUGGCGUCGGAACCCACCCGACGGCAUUGACAGCCUGUUCUACUGGGCUGAUGCUUCAACGGAGGUCGUCAGCUUGUGUCCGUCCUGGCGUACCAAAGUUGCUGAAAAAUCCACCGAUGACUUCCGAGCAGGCGUUCUUUGGCUUGAGGCAUGGGACGACGCUCUGUGGAUGCCUCCGUCCGGUGAGCCGAACCCGCUGCAAGCCGCUUUGGCAUCGCAAUUCGGCUGUGGCCUCGUUAUUCUCAUCCACCCGUUGACGAACAACGGUCUCUUCCGAAUCGGGCUCAUUCAACAGCACCACAUCGAGCAUCAGGUCGGCCCCCUGACUACCGGUCUGGUGCUGAGUGCUGCCCUCCUCGGAAGCAUGGUGCGCUCGACCGUCGUGAAUGCUGCUCACCGUCUUGCUGCCGAUUCCGGCGACCUGAGCAACGGCCUAUCCCGCAAGGUUCUCGCAACCAUUGAGAACAAGCAAUUCGCCUCAGCAGUCGAAUUGCUUCUGUGGUCCUCCGAACGUUGUUACUAG